AUGAUCGGGCUGGCCGGCGCCUCCCCCGGACGCACAGAGGACAACUUCGACAUCUUUGAAUGGUACCCACGCUAUCAGAGCUGCCAACGCUAUUUCCUGGACCAUGCCCAGCACAGCGUGCCAGUCCAGGCGCUAUCCGCCUUCUUGAACAUCAAACUGCCCUUGCAACGACAACCUAACCCGGUCUUGAAUUCCAACCCCCUGUCCGCGACUGCCCCAGCCGGCCCCGCACCACCAGGCCCAUCCGUCUCAUUGAUCCCGUACAUACGCCGCCUGGUCGCAACCGGCAUGGAUUUCCCAGGAGUGCUGCAUGGAUUCUUCGGUGACGACUGGGGCAGCGGCGUGGGGCCGUUGCACGAGCAAGAACGGCGCAACUAUCUAUUCGCCGCCAAGAGCGGCGGCUGGGCGUCCGUGAAAAAGGACUACGACAUACUACCGUUGGAAACCAUCCCGUUCCUGCGUCCGCUGCAGGGACCCUUGGACGCCGAGAUCGAGGCCGCUGAGCGCAGCUGGAGCGAAUGGCUCGCUAUGGAGGACUGGAUGGUUGGCCCCCGCGCGCCAGAUACCCUCCAUGACUCGUCCUCGCAGAACUCGCGGCCACGCAGUGCCCGUGGCUGA